CGGUAUUGGCAUUCUCCUCAACUCUAUACCUAUUCCCAGUAUUGUGGUAUUUGAUGCCACUGAACAAGGCCUUAUCGAUCAAGUAAUUGCUGACUUAGAGGGUAUCGAGCAGUUUGGAAACUUGGAGAAUAUACUAAAUAAUGUAGAUAACCAGAUUGUUCCGAAUCUUUGUACUUGGGCCCAAACCUUUGCGACAAAAUUGUGGAGUAUUACGGACAACAUAGAGCGUGUCAUCGCUUUAGUUGAUGGUCGAGGUGGGACAUUUGGACCAAAUGAGAGAGAGGCAUUACAAGGUGUAAUAA